UGUCUGACUCUGAGUACAUGAACUGAGUGAGGAGGCAAGAUCAUGAAGAUAGAUAUGUGAUGACAAGCUAACCUUAAAUUUUAAAAACCUAGCUAGGCCUAUAGUACUUGGCCGUGGAUUUCGAACUGCAGAUUAGAGUGCUGAUUUGGGAACUACAUGUCGUUUUGAAUGGAAGAUCGUGUGAUUUAAGGUCAGAAGAUGGAUACAGAUACAUCGUCGCAGCUUGAAGUGGAUUGCAUUGUGACAACACCAGGAACUGGUUACUUUGAUCCAGAUGAAGAUAGGAGUCGACUUUCUGAAGCCCAAGCGCUGACAGGUCAUCCUCCUCCACUUCAAAACGGGCUUGACAGUGACUAUCGCCUCCACAGUAGCAUUUUAAGGGAUGGGGAUGAAAACAGGAAUCGGCCGACUCGGCUUUCGAGAGCCCAACCGCUGACGGGUCAUCCUCCUCCACGUCAAAAUUGGCUCGACAAGGACGAUCGCCUUGAUAGUAGCAUUGUAAGGGAUGGAAGGCUACAAAGUGGGGAUUACCGUAGGAGGAUUGAAGAAUGCACCCAGGCAAAGCAAAGGGCUACGAAUGAAAUUGACCGACUUUAUCAAAUGUGCGAGGAUCUGUGCAAUGAAAAUGAUAAAUUGCUGGCUGAAAAUGAGCAACUCCGGGCUGAGGAUAGAUUAUGUAGAAACUGCAAAUUGUCCUUGAGCUUGCCAGUGACAGAAAGUGAAAGAACUUUGAGGGAACGGGACCUUGCUAGGCAACUUGAAGAUGCUGAAACUCAGAGGGUGCAGCUUCAAUAUAGAUGUAAAGAGCUGCUGGAUGAACUGACAAGACUGAGAGGUUCAUGUGAUAGUAUAGGUGAUGGGCAGUAUGCAAACAGUUUUGAGGAUGAUAGAGGUGAGAGUCUUUCCGAUCCGAAACAGACCGAGUCUGUUGGGAACGCCUUUCGUGAUGUUGAUCCGGUGAAAGAAGCUGUGGCAGAGGGGGCCCAAAACCAGAGAGGGGUCUCUGAGCAGACAGAAAAAUUAGCGGAGGUUGAAAAAGCAAAGACCCCAAGCCCUGAAGAUUGUGCCAUCUUUUUGGCUGAUCACAUCAGAUCGGGUAACGAGAUCAACACACUCUUGAGAAACAUGAAUCUCAACGGUGUAGCCAUUGAUGAUCUUGAAGAGCGUCACCCCAAGGACCCGAAAGAACGGCGGAUAGACGGCAUCAGGGCAGGCAUCGCGUCUGCUAAGGGCGACCGCAUCGCCUUUCUCCUUACUGCUCUUGAGAAGUCGAAGCUGAAUCGUCAGGCUGAAUUGCUGUGUGAUAAGUUUGACAUUCAACGGCCCCAAGCACCACUCCCCACUCAAGCAAGUAGGUCAUUAUCAUCUCAGAAGCCAUUACAAGCAUCAAGUCCUGAUGACUUUGCAGAUUCUCCAUGCUUGGAGCCUCAAAGUGACUUUGAGACAGUCCUAGAGCCUUUCCUCCAAGAUCCAGUCAGCAUCCAUACCGUUGCGGUUGAACUAGCCAAGGAAAGGGACUUCACAGGGGCGCAACUGAAGGAGUUCAAGGAUUCCUUUCCUGGUUGGAAGGAAUCGCAUCGGAGGUACCUAAAUGAGAAAGCUAAUAGUCGCUGUACAAUGGACAUCCUCAAUAUUUGGGCUCAAGUGGAGGUUGAGAGAAGAAAAGGCAUUGCGGACAAAGCUCAAGGUAUAGAGAUGCUGGCCAAUGCCCUCAGGAAAUCUAAAAAACUUGAUGUCCUGGAAAAACUUAAGAGUUAUCUACGGAAAGGUGUAGUGGGGCCAACUUUGAGGAGAGAUGUUUUACUGCGACAGAUACUAUCUUACAACCUUAAAAUGGAGAUCAUCCAUUGCCUUGCAAUUGAAAAGGAACCAGGGCACAAUGACUGGCGAGCACUAACCGAGGAAAUUGGUCAUGGGAAAUUCAUUCCGGCUUGGGAGAAGAAAUCUGCUCCAGCCCAUGUUGUUUGGGAUGUUUGGAAGACACAAGAUAAUGCCACAGUGGGGACAUUAUACAACUGGGCAGUCAGUAAAAACAGACUUGACAUCGCUGGCCUUUUGGAAUCAAGUAACUCCACAUGAGUUGAUUCACCAUUGACCGCAGAAAUCUUUUUGACCUGGAAAAUCAAGACAUGAAAGAGGUUAAUAAGACAUGAUGUGAAGCAUUAUGGCCCAGUGGAUAGUCUUCUGACUUUAAAAUAGAGGGUCGUGGGUUCGAAUCCAAGCCAUGGCAUCUCUUUGAAGAUCCAUGAGCAAACUUUGAAUAGACGUAGGCCUUUGUGGAUUGAAUUUCAGUAGAAAAUUCUAAUAAGAUGAAUGAUUGUCAUUCAUUGUUUAUGCAUUGCAUAGAUAUAUUUUUGUAAUGUGUGCAAUUAUGAUGGACAGGUUUGGGAGUGGGGAGCUUCCAUGUAUUACGUAAUUAUCAAAUGGAAUAUAGGAAGCCAGAUACAAGUAUACCAGAAUAAUGUAAAACAAAAUUUGCAGGAAAAAUUAAAGAUAUUCUUUUGGCCUGCACCUUGGCACUUCAUAAGCCAGUGGAUCAUAAUUUUGAUGUAGUGUGCUAAUCCAUAUUAACCUCAAUAUUUUUUUUCAUAUUGUACAUUUUAUAUCUGAAACAUUUAUUAUGGUUAUGAUUAUAUUAAUGAUAAUAAUAACAUCAACUACUGUUGUUGCUGUCAUUGCCUAUGAUAUUCACCUCGAUACUAGGUGUUUCAUCUUAUAGAUAUUCAUGUGCCCAGCGUUAUAUAAAUUUCUUGAUAUCAUAUACAAUUUCAAAAGAAAUGAAGAUGUAAUUUCCUAAACUUUGAUUUUCUUUCACUUCAGGGGCUGCAAAUAAGUUUUCAAAGUGUAUGGGGUGUGGGCUGAGCCAAAUGUGGGAGGGGGCUUGCCAUGCAAGAAAUCACGAUCAUAUGGUAAUAUUUACUUUUUUGUAUACUGUUAAGGAAAAAAAAAUGGGGAGGGGUGGGGCUGAAGC